CACCGGAUGUAUACGUCUCACGUGACCCUCGUGCGGCAAGUAUCUCCUGAUGGAAGCAUGCUCUGUGUAGUUGGAAUUAUAAGUGUUUAUCAAAUUAGGAAUUAGGAGUGUGCCUCAAACGUCAUGAAAGGUGUACGGGCUUUGUGUAGUCUGUGUCAGCAUGGACCUAUUUGGUCUCAGCUUCGUUUGGACAAAACGCGACCUUGGAGCCUGGCAGUGUCACCAUGUUCGCGUAGACUGAUUGCCCGUGCGAACGCUACAGUUUCACAGAAGUUAGAAGCGGAAAGUACUGCUCAUAAACCACACAUAAAAGCAGAUGAUUUGGCACAAGAAAUUCGGCGUGAAAAAAACGAAACCAAGAACAAGGCUAAAGGGACCUUUGACAAGGUAGACCCGCAGUUGUCUCCGGUGCAGAAGAAAGUGCACGAACUGCGGCAGCUGACCCGCCAGCUGCAGGUGGUGCACCCCAAUGUGCUGGCAAAAGCCCUACACAGGGGCCUGCUCUUUCACAACCAGGAGCUCCUCGCCAUCAACAAGCCCUAUGGCGUACCUGUGCACGGUGGACCAGGAGUCAGAAAUAGUAUCUCUGACGUCCUACCCAUCCUAGCCAAGAUGAUUGAUGGAGUGAGGGCGGGACCCGAUUUACACAUCUGCCACCGAUUGGACAAGGAGACAACUGGCACAUUGCUAUUGGCCAAGAGUGAGACGGCAGCCAGUCGCAUCCAAGAACUCUUCAAAAGUCAUCAAGUGGAGAAAAAAUACUGGGUGCUGUGUGUGGGCGUGCCUGUACCGUCUGAAGGACUGAUUGACAUUCCUGUUGUGGAGAAAGCGAUCACUGGCGAUCAGCCCCACUACAAAAUGGCCCUCAGCCCAGUUUACAGGCUGAGAGAAGGAGGAGAGGGAGUGACCCGAAUUCGUGCCAAUCAGCAGGCUCAUGGUGCUGUGACACGCUACAGAGUUCUUGCUAGCUCUGGAGGCUGCAGCCUGGUGGAGCUCCACCCCGUGACAGGUGUGAAGCAUCAGAUCCGGGUUCAUAUGGCCUAUGCUCUCGGCUGCACCAUCCUCGGGGAUCACAAAUACUCCCACUGGAAUAAACUGGCCCCUCAAAAGUUGCCUGAAGGGGUUCUGCGGAGGUUGGGUCUGGAGCAGAGCAAAGCACGGCAUCUUCCCCUCCACCUGCACGCCUCUCAGCUGACUCUGCCUGGGGUCGGAGGUGACGGUGACGUCACAGUCCGGUGCCCCCUGCCAAAGUUCUUCACCAGCUCUCUGCGCAAGCUGCAGAUUGCCCUGCCGGAGAAACCGUAGUUUCCACGUUGACCACUGACCCCGUGUCACUCCUGUCGAUCCUCCCUGAGGUCGGCCUUUACCGGUCAGAGUGAAGGCAUCGAUGGAAUCUGGCCCGCCUGAGAAUGCAUCGCCAGAAAUAAAGCAGAAACUGCGUCAUUCUAAUGUA